GUGGAAAGCACAGUGCUGUCGGCCUGUGGGCAGUGGCCUUGUCUCUGUCUUUGCCCCAGGCUGAGGACUGCCGUUCACCAUGGUGAAGCUAGGCUGUAGCUUCUCUGGGAAGCCGGACAAAGACCCUGGGGAACAGGAUGGGGCUGCCACAGACUGUGUCCCUCUGAUCAGCCCCCUGGACGUCAGCCAGCUCCAACCACCAUUCCCAGACCAGGUGGUCAUCAAGACUCAGACAGAAUACCAGCUGUCCUCCCCAGAGCAGUCCAAGAAGUUCUCCGACCUGGAGGCUCAGAAGCUGGCCGGCAGCCACCCAGAGGAAGGGCGCAAGCUGCCCACAGCACGGAUGAUUGCCUUUGCCAUGGCGCUCAUGGGCUGUGUCCUGAUCAUGUACAAGGCCAUCUGGUAUGACCAGUUCACCUGCCCAGAUGGCUUCCUGCUUCGGCACAAGAUCUGCACGCCCCUCACCCUGGAGAUGUACUACACCGAGAUGGACCCGGACCGCCACCGCAGCAUCCUGGCAGCCAUCGGGGCCUACCCGCUGGGCCGCAAGUACGGCACUGAGAUGCCCUCAGCAUGGGGGGACAGCUACCGCACAGCUGCCAAGGACGACCCUAAAGGGCCCACCCAGGCGGCAGCUGCUACAACCGAGCCACCAGAAAAGCUACCGACCGAGGGCGAGAAAGAGGAGGCCCCCCAGGUGGCCGGGAGCUCAGCACCCCUGUCACUGUAGUGACUCACUUUUGCUGCCACAGCGGUCUGCCCUGCC